GUAAUUGGAGGGAGAAGGGUGCAAAUGGACACGGAGGAAGAUCCCCACAGAGGCGAGUGAUUGGCGUGGUCACGACGCUGUCACGGGCCGUUCUACCAUCACCCCUCCCACUCAUGGCUAGGCCGAUGUGCUAGUAGUGUCUGUUACCGACUCGCCGCCGGCCAGCGUGCCGACAUUGUUGAUCAACGAAUCACGCAACGAGCAGCAGCCCCGGCCCACCGCCACCAGCCACCUCGGCGGCUUCGGUCAAUGCCAAGCGCGCCUUGGAUCCAGCAACCAACCGCCGCGAGCAUGACUGCCAUGCUUCCUCCUCACCCAAUGCCUAUCCGUUUCCGCUCCUCCAUCGCGCUUUCCCUCCAACUCGCCCCCUCUCCUUCCCUCUACCGGCAGAAAGGCGCCUAGAAAAGAAAAGCCACCAUCACGCAGCAGUUUCCGGAAGGCCCCCGUCCCCUUAAAGGCGCCGCUCGCACCGGUCGCCUCGCCCUGGCGCCAUGCGCAUGCCUUCCCCGUUUUAAUCACCGCCAAACCCGGCCGCUGCUAAGCCGGCCGCGCGAAUUAUUCAUUCCGCCGGCCAUCGCGAUCCCACUCCCAUCCCAUCCCAUCAAUCAUCUGCCACGCACUCAACUCGCCUGAUGCUCUUCCCCUUUCGCUCCUUGCCAUCCAGUUGGUAACCGCGGGCCUUGUCGUGUCUGGCAACCGACUCUACGCUAGCCUAAUCCCGUACUCCGUGCCCGGUCCGAGCUGCUCCCGGAGAAGCGGGGGGGGGGGGGGGGGGGUUCUGGCUGGGUUCUUGCGGUGCGGGUCGCGCCGGCGGUUGACGAUGUCAUGUGGCCCCUCCGCGUCAUCUCCGAGAGGCUGUUCAAUAUGGCGGGAGACAACGGCGGCCAGGGGCCGGACUCGCCGUCCUCCGACGGGCAGAUUCCUCUAGCACGCCGAUCGUACUACAUCGAUGUUCCUCACGUUCAGCAAGCCUUCACCUGGGACUGCGGCCUCGCUUGCGUGCUCAUGGUGCUCAGGACGCUGGGUAUUGAUUGCUGCGACGGCAUUGCCGAUCUCGAGAAGCUCUGCCGCACUACAAGCAUUUGGACAGUCGACUUGGCUUAUCUGUUAAAUAAGUUUUCAGUUAAUUUUCUGUUCUUUACUGUGACUCUUGGAGCAAAUCCACAAUAUUCUGCUGAAACUUUUUAUAGGGAACAAUUGCAAGAAGACAUUGAUCGAGUGGAUGAGCUAUUUGGAAAAGCACUUGAUGCAGGAAUUAGUAUUCAGUGCAGAUCCAUCAGUGCGUAUGAUAUUGCGUUUCUACUGUUAUAUGGGCACUGCAUUGCUAUUGCAUUAGUGGACAAAACAAAGCUAAAUUCGUCUUGGAUGAAUGAUGUACAUGAUGUGCAACAGCUCAACGAGGAGUCAGAUUAUAUGGGGCAUUAUGUCAUAAUAUGUGGGUAUGAUGCCGAUGCUUGUGAAUUUGAGAUAAGGGAUCCUGCCAGUUCUAGGAAGCGUGAAAGGGUGACAAUGAAGAGCUUAGAUGAGGCUCGCAAAUCCUUUGGGACUGAUGAGGAUAUUCUUUUGGUGUCCUUGACCGGAAAGAGUGGAAUGAAGCUCUCGCGUAAUCUUCUGGCCGGCUCCAUGUAAAUUGCUCAACAGCCUCUGGUCACCUUUGUGUAUAUGUUGUACAUGUCCCUGUAGUUAUGAUUGUCGAUUGUCAACCUUGUACGUAGCUGUAGCCUGAGAACAUUCUUACCGCCGAUAGGAACAGUGUGCCUCAGUGCCUGUGAAGUUAGCAUCUGCUAAGGUUUGUUGGCGCAUGGCAUCACCAAACUACAGCUGCAAAGGGUUCAGCAGCAGUGCCAAAUACUGCUUCUGCUCUUGUAACGAGCAAAAGCUAUACGAUCAUAGCUGAACGUGUACAGAAUUUCCUUGAGUAUAAAUUGUGAUCUUCUGCAC